CAAUCGCCGUAAACCCUAGGCGGAGAAAUUCAUCAGAAUCAAAAGAGUAUCCUUACAGAGAUCGGAGGACAUGGAGGAUGACCAACCUAUUGGAGCCGGCGGCCGUCGCCGGGGUCGUGGCGUGGAAGCGGAGAAGCGCGCUGGAGCCCUCGAGCGCCUCAAAGCCCUCCGGCAGGGUGGCCGUCGGUCCUCCUCGGCGACUGGUUAUGAGAUCAAGCUCGAUGAGCCAAUCUACGAACUCAUGGAGGAUGACGAGUACGAAGAGCUCGUGAACAAGCGUCGGAAGGAGGCAGCGGAUUUCAUAGAGACCGACGAUGCAGACGGAGAUCUUGGAUACUGUGAUGAUGGCGGUGAAGAGGACUGGACAAAGGCUGCCCAUUCUCUCUUGUCUGAUGAUGAAUCUGAUGGCGAAGGGUUUUCUUUAAGGAGAAAGAAGGUUGAGAAAAAGGUGAAGGAAAAUAGUAGCAAGCCAAACAAGAGCAGUGCUGAGUUAUCAGCUGCAGCAGCGAUUAUUGGGAAACAAAGGUUGUCUUCAAUGUUUACUUCCUCAUCUUUUAAUAAGAAGAGUAAAGAAACCGAUAAGGUCAAAUGCGAGAGCAUUGUCGAUGAUGUUAUCAAGCAGUUUGCGCCAGAUGAGUCUGAUAGGGAGCGGCGUAGGCGGGGCCAAAUCGGUCACUUGGUUGCUUCCAGGGGCUCAGUGGCGGUUCCCAUGGUGGUUCGCUCUGAUCAGAGUGAGAAUCGGUUAGUUGCGAAUGGGGAUUGUCGUGGAUUUGCGGAGGAGAAUUUGGUGUUGGAAGAAGAGAAAGAGAAGAGUGAUGGAAUAGUUGCAGAAUUUGAUGAUUCUGUUAAGGAAAGUGUAAUAGAGGAGAGAGUGGAGGCUGAUGUUGAAAUAAAGGUGGAGCCAGUGGAGAAGAAAGAGGAGGAGGUUGUACAUAAGCUGAAUGCCAAGAUUUCAAAGGAGGAGAAGGACACAGGUUUGAGUGCAACGGCAGGGUGGAAAGCAGUGAAGAGUGAGGGGAACGGGAAUGUGGGUGUUUUUGUAGAAGGGAAGGAGGGAUAUAAUGGUGAAGGGCAAUCUGAUUUUGAGCUUGAUGCGGAUGGUUCACUACCUUUCUACAUAAUUGAUGCUUAUGAGGAGCAACUGCGUGGUGCUAAUAUUGGUACUGUCUAUCUCUUUGGGAAGGUCAAAGUCGGUAGUGCAUACCAGAGUUGUUGCGUGGUUGUAAAGAACAUGCAGAGAUGUGUUUAUGCAAUUCCAGAUAAUGCUAUAUUUCACAAUGAGGAGAUGCUGAAGCUUGAGAAAGAAGCUGAAGAGUCACAGAUUUCUCCCUCAGAUUUCAGAAGAAAGCUGCAAGAUGUGGCAUCAGGGUUGAAGAAUGAAAUUGCAGAACACUUGUUAAAUUUUAAUGUUUCAAGUUUUAGCAUGGCACCAGUUAAGAGGAAUUAUGCAUUCGAGCGAUCUGACAUACCUGUUGGGGAGAAUUAUGUUCUCAAGAUCAACUAUCCAUUCAAGGACCCACCACUUCCGGCAGAUCUAAAAGGAAAAACUUUCUGUGCUUUACUUGGGACUUACUGCAGUGCUUUGGAGCUUUUCCUUGUUAAGAGGAGGGUGAAAGGACCUUCUUGGUUGUCAAUCUCAAAAUUUUCUAGCUGUCCAGCACCUCAGAGAGUUAGCUGGUGCAAAUUUGAGGUUAUUGUAGAUUCUCCCAAAGACAUAAAGGGCUCAUCGUCCUCAAAGAGCACAUUGGAGAUUCCUCCAGUGGUUGUUUCAGCAAUAAAUUUGAAGACUAUAAUCAAUGAGAAGCAGAAUAUAAAUGAAAUAGUGUCAGCAUCUAUUGUCUGUUGUCGAAGGGCCAAGAUCGACACUCCUAUGCUGGCCUUGGAAUGGAAGAAACCUGGUAUGCUUAGCCAUUUUACUGUUGUCCGCAAACUUGAUGGAGGCAUAUUUCCAUUGGGUUUUUCCAAAGAGGUGACAGAUAGAAAUUCAAAGGCCGGAUCAAAUGUGUUAGUCUCUGAAAGCAGUGAAAGAGCUUUGCUGAACCGGCUGAUGAUUGAAUUACACAAGCUUGACAGCGAUGUUCUUGUAGGACAUAACAUAUCUGGAUUUGAUCUUGAUGUUCUUCUACAUAGAGCCCAGGCUUGCAGGGUGCCAAGCAGCAUGUGGUCAAAAAUUGGCCGUCUCAAGCGUUCCAUUAUGCCUAAGCUUACUAAAGGAAGUACCAUUUUUGGAUCUGGAGCAAGCCCAGGGAUCAUGUCUUGUAUUGCUGGUCGUCUUCUAUGUGAUACAUAUUUGUGUUCCCGUGACCUGUUGAAAGAGGUUAGUUAUUCCCUGACACAACUUGCAAAGACCCAGCUGAAGAAGGACCGCAAGGAGAUUGCUCCACAUGAUAUUCCUAGAAUGUUCCAAGCAUCUGAAGCCCUAAUGGAGCUUAUUGAAUAUGGUGAGACUGAUGCAUGGUUAUCUAUGGAACUCAUGUUUCAUCUUAGUGUUCUUCCCCUUACACGUCAGCUGACAAAUAUCAGUGGUAAUCUCUGGGGAAAAACUCUUCAGGGUGCUAGAGCACAGAGAGUGGAGUAUCUUUUAUUGCAUGCAUUCCAUGCAAAGAAGUAUAUUGUCCCAGACAAGAUUCCUUCUCAUAUGAAGGAAGCAAAAGUUACAAAGCGGAGGGUAAAUCGUGGUGUUGAGGAUGGUCACAUUGAUGAGUUGGAUGCUAAUGAUGCAAAUUUUGAAGAUGAUACUCAUAAUGAACAUGGUAAAAGCAAAAAGGGUCCUGCCUAUGCUGGUGGACUGGUUUUGGAACCAAAAAGAGGUUUGUAUGACAAAUAUAUAUUGCUUCUGGACUUCAACAGCCUUUACCCUUCUAUUAUUCAGGAAUACAAUAUAUGCUUUACGACAGUUGAGAGAUCUCCUGAUGGAUUAGCUAUUUUACCACUUAGUAAAACAAUGGGAAUUCUACCUGAGUUGCUCAAAAAUUUGGUUCAGAGAAGGAGAAUGGUUAAGUCAUGGAUGAAGACUGCAGCCGGUAUCAAAAUUCAGCAGCUUGACAUUCAGCAGCAAGCAUUAAAGCUCACUGCAAAUAGUAUGUAUGGAUGCCUUGGGUUUUCCAAUUCAAGAUUUUAUGCAAAGCCUCUUGCAGAGCUUAUAACACAACAAGGAAGGGAGAUUCUACAAAGUACAGUUGAUCUUGUUCAGAAUAAUUUGAAUUUUGAGGUAAUUUAUGGUGAUACAGAUUCAAUUAUGAUUUACAGUGGAAAAGAUGAUAUUGCAGAAGCCAAAAAGAUUGCAGGACAAGUCAUCCAGGAGGUUAACAAGAAGUAUAGGUGCUUAGAAAUUGAUCUUGAUGGCUUGUACAAGAGAAUGUUGCUUCUCAAGAAGAAGAAAUAUGCAGCUGUCAAGGUGCAGUUCAAGGAUGGUAAACUAGAAGAGGUCAUUGAACGUAAAGGUCUUGAUAUGGUUCGACGUGACUGGAGCUUACUAUCAAAGGAAUUGGGAGACUUCUGCCUCUGCCAAAUCUUGUCAGGAGGGUCUUGUGAUGAUGUUGUUGAAUCAAUACACAAUAAACUCAUGAAGGUGCAGGAAGAAAUGAGGAAUGGACAAGUGGAACUUGAGAAAUAUGUCAUCACAAAGACAUUAACUAAGCCACCAGAAGCCUAUCCAGAUGCUAAGAAUCAGCCACAUGUUCAAGUGGCUCUGAGAUUGAAGCAAAGUGGCUAUUCUAGUGGUUGCUCGGCUGGUGAUACAGUGCCAUAUAUAAUUUGCUGUGAGCAGGGAAGUGGUACGAGUAAUUCAACAGGGAUUGCCCAGCGUGCCCGGCAUCCUGAUGAGUUAAAAAGAGAUGAGGGUAAAUGGAUGAUUGACAUUGACUAUUACUUGUCACAGCAGAUACAUCCUGUGGUAUCUCGUUUGUGUGCUUCAAUAGAAGGUACAAGCCCCGAGCGUUUGGCUGAUUGUUUAGGACUUGACUCAUCCAAGUAUCAAAGAAAAUCAAGUGAGGCUGAUGGCAAAUACUCUUCUACUGCACUCUCUUUUGCUUUAGAUGAUGAAGAGAGAUAUCGGGGUUGUCAGCCACUAACUCUGUCAUGUCCCAGUUGUUCCCAUACUUUUGACUGUCCUUCUGUUUUCAAUUCCAUCUACACGUCAAUCAGUGAAAAGUCAACACAACUUACAAACGAGGAACCUACCUUCAAUUUUUGGCAUAGGCUGCGUUGCCCUAACUGCCCAGAAGAAGGUGAUGUAGGUAGAAUGUCUCCCGGCAUGAUAUCAAACCAGGUCAAAAGGCAAGCAGAUGGAUUUGUUUCAUUGUACUAUAAGGGCAUAAUGAUGUGUGAUGAUGAAAGCUGUAACCACACCACUCGCAGUCUCAACUUGCGAUUGCUUGGUGAUUCUGAAAAAGGAACAGUUUGUCCAAACUAUCCCCGCUGCAAUGGCCGUCUAGUAAGAAAGUACACAGAAGCAGAUCUAUACAAGCAACUUGCAUAUUUCUGCCAUUUAUUGGAUACAGUGCGCUGCUUAGAAAAGGGGUUGCAGAUGGAGACUACUGCUAGGGUACAUAUUGAGAAGGAAUUGGCUAGGAUUCGGCCUGUGGUUGAUUCAGUUGCAUCUACAGUUCAAAGGAUACGGGACCGGUGUGCUUAUGGCUGGGUACUGAUGAAGGACCUCUUUGUUACAGUUUGACUCGUUGAUGCGUUCCUUUCAUGUAGAUUUAGAUGUAAAUAUAUGUAUAGCUUCUUUCCUUUUUGUUGAGCAUUUUUUUAUCAUUCAACAGAUGAAUGGGAUUUAAUUGAUGUGUCUAAAUAUCUAAUAUGCUGAUCAUUUUCAAGUGAUUAUUACAUCAGAUUUUAGUACUCUUUCCUUUCAAGUCAUUUUUUACAGUAGUAAUAAUUUUGAAUUUGGGAU